CUUCCCUUCAAAGGUGGCCGGCGUAAAAUCUACUCAUUCAUGACUCACAAUACAGUUGGUUAAACACUCAACUGUUUUCCUUUUUGGCUCGUUUUUCCAAUCCAAUCGUGUAAAGCCUUCACAAUAGUUAAAUCCCAUUCCCAUUAGCCUUUCCACUUUGAAUACCACAAAGCAAGAAGCCCACUCUCUCUCUCUCUCUCUCUCUCUCUCUCUCAACAAAAUGGCCAUUGCCAUCUCCUUCUUGUGAGUUGUGGCCCUCUCUCUUCUUGAUUUCAGUUUCUUGGCUUGUUUCCAACUUCCUCUCCUGUAUAUGGGGUCUGGUUUUUCUGGUCUUGUAGCAGAUUGUAUCGGAGCUCCGACUCCGUCGAACCCGGGUCUCGGGGACAUACCCGAGAGCUGUGUGGCUGUGAUCCUGACUCAUCUGGACCCUCUGGAAAUCUGUAAGUUGGCUCGGUUGAACCGGGUUUUCCGUGAAGCUUCGUCGGCUGAUUUGGUGUGGGAAUCGAAAUUGCCUGAAAAUUACCAAAUUCUUAUGAAGAAACUGUUUAGUGAAUGUCCACGGAAUUUGGCCAAGAAAGAGAUCUACGCCAGAUUGUGUCGUCCCAACCGGUUCGAUGGGGGUAACAAGGAAGUGUGGAUGGAGCAGGGUAGAGGACAGAUUUGUGUUUCGGUUUCUUGGAAAGCGAUGAAAAUAACCGGAAUAGAUGAUCGGAGAUACUGGACUCAUAUCCCAUCUGAUGAAUCCAGAUUCCACCAAAUUGCAUUCCUACAACAAAUAUGGUGGCUAGAAGUCGAUGGACGCGUAGAAUUCCAGUUCCCCAGGGGUACUUACAGCCUCUACUUCCGCCUCCGCCUCGGAAACCCCACGAAGAGCCCCGAACGCCGGAGGGUCCACGACCACAAACAAGUCCAUGGAUGGAACGUCAAACCCGUCCGGUUCCAGUUUGCAACUUCAAACAACCAAAAUGCCCUCUCCCAGUGCUACUUGAGCGGGCCUGGGAAAUGGGUGAACCACCAUGUUGGUGAUUUUUCUGUUGAGAGCUCGAUCGAGCCGACAAAGAUCAAGUUUUCAAUGAUGCAGAUUGAUUGCACACACACAAAAGGUGGUUUGUGCUUAGACUCUGUGCUGAUAUUGCCCAAGGGAUGAGAAGUUAUGUAGACGAAGGUGAACUGAGAAGCGAGAAUGUGUUUUUGUCUUUCUCAUCACUUGUACAUCUUCGCCAGCCACUAUUUGGAUUGGGAGGUGCCGUUCUUUCAUGCGAGGCCACUUAUUUUGUUACAUAUUGUUAGUAAUAAUAUAUGAAGAGAAAUGUUAAGUUAAAA